GCCCUUCUACGAGAUCAACGUUUCCAUUCUACUUCAAUAGAGAACCCCAAUCACAACUUACCGACACAGGAUUUGGAGUGCUCUGCACGUGCGAGUCCACAUAUGCGAACAGCCAGCUACAGUCGCAACUGUCUCACGAUGCUGGUGGAGAUGGUGUGUUCCGUCGAACUGCGAGUCUCCCUGCAGGAAGUUGAAGAGUGCUUGGAACUUUGUAUGAGGGUGUACGGAUCCACUCGCGAAGAAGCGGUUCGAGUUUCCGCGCGCGCAGCCGUCUCUCAAUCGAUAACCACCUAUUGUUCUAAUCGAUAUGCAGCUGGAGAAGAGUCGCAGAACUUCCUUUCGGUAUAUUUGGACGUAACGAAACUGCUCGAGAGCUACAUAGCUAAACUCGACCAGCUGACCGUAUCCUCGGACCAGAGUGUGGUCCUUUUUGACGCGAUGAAUGCCCUCCUCACCUCGCAACCACUAAGUGUCCAGAAACACACUCCACUGGUGAAUUUACUCUGGGAGAAGCUGUGCCCCCUGAUGAUUCGCCUGCUAGGAGUUCCCGACAGGAACGUCCCGGACAACCCAUCGAUCAGUACCGAAGAACCUCUAGGACAAGGUCAAAUGGCGAAAUUCACACUCAGUCCUGCCGUGGUGGCGAAUCCCGAGGCGACCCGAGUGCUCUACCAGAUUCUGGAACAGCUGAUCCGGAUAAUGGCCGGUAUUCCAUCGAUUCUGUCAGAUCGUCUUCGCCUGAACGACAUUAUCUCGUCAUGCGUUCGAUCUCGUUCGUUGUCGCUUUGGCGAAUGCUAAUUGUCUGCGUUGCCGAAUGUGCUCAACCUCAGUAUGAAAUUGCCAUCGAAGCUGUCAGAGCUUGUGGAGCCAUGUUGCAAGGAAUUCUCAACUACUGUGAAUCGCCUGAUCUCCUUGAUGAGGAACGAGAUCAAAGCUCAGAGAGAUGUUCCCUUCGCUGGCCGAUGUCAAUCCACCGAGAAAUAAAAGAGACACUGAAGAAGCUGUCGAAAAAGUUUGGUCUACAGCGAUCGCUCGACGACGAAGUGACACCGAUGCCAAUCGUUCGACGGCGAACGACUGAGUAUGACGAGACGACAGAAAAAAUCACCGCACAAAAAUUCGUGGACUCUCUAGUGGAUAAUGUUGUCGUUUGGAGCAAAUUCAAAUCGACACUGGAACUGGACGAGGCCAUUCUGGAGUUCUCAUCGGGGUUCUAUAACGACUUUUCUGCAGUCCACAACGAGGCAUUCAAGUCCAAAUCAAAAAUCCAGCAGGAGUUCCUCAACACUGAUGCCAUCUACAUCGCAGCCUAUUCAACGCUAUGUCUCGCCUAUCGUGGCGAGGACACCUUACCUUGGGAAAGCUUCCGUGAUGUUGUGCUCAAGUCGGGUUGUAUAGUGUAUGUAAGCGAAAGCUGGCUGAGGAAAGUCUACGAUCACGCAAUUAGUGCUCCUUUUGGCGAAAUCACUGGAGCCCUCCUGGACGUCAUUCAA